UUGUCGAUGUCUGUCAUUUUUUGGUUGUUUCCAUGUGUUUAAUAUGAAAAAAAUCGUGCAACUCUCUUACUGAAUUUAUGAAAAAAAUUGUAGUAAGACGCUGUUCCAACCAAAUUGUGACAAUUCUUAUACAAUAACCAAAGUGUAAAUGACGAACCAUUCCCAAUCAGUGCAUCUAACUAGUCAAAUAAAUCUCCAGUAAAGACUAAACCGGGAAAGUUUUGCGUUUUUUUUGUAGUUUUUUUUUCACAUUUGAAUUUGAGCGAAGGACAACACGAAAGUUUUUUUUUCUCUAAAAUGGGUAAUGUGUCGGCAUCAGCAAAACCUUUACCAAGCAAUGUUCCUGCAGCACCUUCAGGCCUACCCGAAUUACCGAAAGAUUUGGAUACAACAUCCGAUACAAACAAGUCACAUCAUGACGAAGAUCGUGGUAAUCCCGGUACUAUGGAAGAGUUACAUAAGAAGUGCAAAGAUGUUAUGCCGACGAACUUCGAAGGUGCAAAGUUGAUGAUACAGAAAGGUAUCAGUUAUCACUUUCAAGUGUCACACACUCUAAAUCUCUGUACAUCGAAUAUGAGUGGAUAUCGAUUUGGCGCUAUUUAUGUGGGAUCGAAACAAAUUUCGCCUUCGGAACUGUUCCCAGUUAUUCUCGGCGACAUUGAUCCGGCAGGAAAUGUGAAUGCAAAUAUUAUCCACCAAGUGACACCGAAUUUAAGGUGUAAAUUCGCGUCGCAGAUCCAAGACAGCAAGGUGGCAGCUGCCCAACUAACUACAGACUAUAAGGGAGCUGACUACACUGCGUCGCUAACGAUAGGAAAUCCAAAUAUUAUCAACGAAUCUGGCGUAUUCGUUGGACAUUACCUGCAAUCGGUUACAAAACAAUUGGCUUUAGGCGGUGAAUUAGCUUAUCAAUAUGGACCUGCUGUACCUGGUGGACAAAUGGCUGUUAUGUCAGCAGCUGCAAGGUACGUUAACGGAUUAGCUACGUGGUCCGCCACUGCUGGCUUAUCGGGCCUCCAUUUGUGCUAUUAUCGCAAAGCAAGCGACCAAUUGCAGUUCGGCGUUGAAGUCGAAACCAAUUUUCGUGUUCAGGAAGCGGUCGGUACCAUUGGAUACCAAGUGGACUUGCCCAAAGCGGACAUCGUUUUCCGCGGUAUGGUAGACACAAAUUGGACGGUGGCAGCCGUCAUGGAGAAAAAAUUACAGCCAUUGCCAUUUACAUUUGCUUUGUCGGGUAUGCUGAAUCAUACGAAGAACCAGUUUAAGCUUGGAGUCGGUUUGGUUAUCGGCGGUUAAUUGAAUGAUAAUAGUGUCUCGUGCCCAGGGAAUAAACAAACAUUAAAUUCGUGUGUGUACCCACACUCCCUCAAACUAAAUAAAAAAUUAAUUGAAAGCUGAA